AGAUGGCAACGAAAGGUAUUCGAUCAGCGUAUGGAAAACUUUCUCGUUUUCUACCGUCUAAAUUGUAUACAAGAAACUACUGUCAUCCAGUAACGGACGAGCAAUAUCUUUACCAUCCAAUGGUACGUCCUCUGGAACCAGAAGCCCAGACACUUUCUUUAACAAAGACCUUAAACAUGGGGGACAUUUCUAGUUGCUUGCACGACACAUUCAUUGACUCUGUCACUCGAGAAGAAAUGAUGGGAAAAUUUAAACAAAAUAUUCUUCAGACAAGGUUGUUCAACUUUGAUGGAGAGCAUGCAACAAGGGAUAUGGCUGCUAUGCCCCUGAUGCAAAAUAUGCUCAGGGUUGUGUGGAGUUAUGCUAAAUGCUUCCCAGGACUGUUGGAUACCUCUCUGACUUUCAAGCCUCAUGUGUCUGCAAAUUGGGAAAGGGAACACACAAUACUGGUGUCUGGACAUCUUGGCUUUUUGUUGUCCUCUAAAAUUCCUCUCAAACAAGUAGCUGACAGGAAUGAGAUAGAAAAAAGCAAAGAAAUCCAGGUGGAAAACCCUGAGAUAAUUUCUCCUGUAUUUCACUUUCCCCUAACACGAAUCAGACCAAAGUUUGACACUGGCUUUCACAGUUCUCCGCCAUUUCCUUAUCCUCAUACCUUCAUCAUAGUCAGCGAAGAUACAAAAUGCUCAACAGGUCAAUUAAUUGGUCAAGGUAUCAUGUUUGUCUGUGCUCGGCUUGUGGCAGAAGCAGUACAGAGUUACAAAUAUCAGCUGGGAGAUGAUUUGGAAAAGCCCCUAUCCAGCCAGUGCAUCAUCACUGAUGGAAUUCGACUCUCAUUUAUAAACUACCAGCUGAACACCUUAAGUUUUCAUGGCGAUGAAGGCAUCAAAAACAUGGCUUGGAUUAGUCCAGGGGUUUUCAUGUACAAAAAGGCCAUGUUUGAAGAUUUGGAAAAACCAGUUGCAGAAAAAACUGUGAAGGAAAGGAAAAGAUUCCGACGUCCAGUGACACUCAAAGAUCCAGCAAAGCAUGAAAUAGUUUUAGAAGAGUUUAAUCCUGACUGCUUUGAAACAUUUGUAAAAAUGAUUGUAAAUGGAUGCAAAGCAAUUUAACAAAAGUGUAGACUAAAACCUUUCAAUGAGUGACUUUAAAUUUA